AUGUCAACAGUCGGAAAAGGAAAAGGAAGCAGAGGAAAAGCAGCAAGCGCUAGCAAAACUUCAAGAUCACAAAAGGCAGGACUUCAAUUCCCAGUCGGUCGUAUCUCAAGAUUCAUGAAACACGGAAAAUACGCUGAAAGAGUCGGUGCAGGUGCUCCAGUCUAUCUUGCAGCAGUCCUUGAAUACUUGGCAGCUGAAGUUUUAGAACUUGCAGGAAAUGCAGCAAAGGAUUACAAGAAAACCAGAAUUGUCCCAAGACACAUUCAACUCGCAAUCAGAAAUGAUGAGGAACUAAAUCGCCUCAUGUCAAACGCUAUUAUUGCAAGCGGUGGAGCUGUACCGUUUAUUCACCAAGCUUUGUUACCUGUCGGAGGAGAAAAAGGCAAAGAAGAAGCAACUCAAGAUCUCUAA